CCCAGAAGCCCUUCGUCAAUUUAUAGCGGAUUCUACAGGGAUAGGCUAGCUAGCUACUGCUGUCCAAAUAAACAACAUUAACAAAAUCUAAUAUUGGUGGAUAUAAUAUGCUGCGCAGAAAGCCCACCCGUUUGGAAUUGAAGUUGGAUGACACUGAGGAGUUUGAGAGUGUCAAGAAAGAGCUUGAGAUUCGGAAAAAGCAGAGCGAUGAAGUGGAUGUUGUUGGUGUGGCUGCGUUUAGUAACAUGGUGGGGGCCAGCGUUGGAACAGGGGAUGGGAAGACACGGGACCAGAUGAUCAACGAGAGAAUAGGCUACAAGCCCCAUCCUAAACCCAACACCUUGCCCUCACUCUUUGGAAACCUGCAGUUUUAGGUUCCUAAUGGGCACAUUAACGAGACUGCUCAAACUGUUGGUGUGUGGAUGGCACAGUAACAAUGCUAUUGACAUGGUCAGGGAUACUUGUGUGCUUGCCUGAGAUCAGAAUUCUUUCCACAAAGAAAUGUGUAGUUUGAGGAUCACGUUUAGCUUAUAACACACAUCUUCUAAAGUAAUGUUGUUGCAUUUACCUGAAAUGUUAUGACUUGCGAUGCAAAGCAUGUGGCCUUUGUACAAUAUGUUUCAUGGGAGCUGUUGUAGUGGUUUCCCUCCUUUAUUACAAAAAUCCAGACUUAGUACUCCCAGGAAGGUGAAGGUAGCAUCUUUGGGGCAAGAUGGAAUGGACUUCAUAACUAAUCGGUUAUUACUUACAAUGGUAUGAUUGUAGUUUUAUUGGCCUUCAAGGAUGCAUUAUGAGAAUGAAACAGAAUCAAACAUA